CCGAGUGGAUUCACCAGAAAAUGCUGUUUGUGCUUAAUGUGCUGAUGAUGCUCAGAGCGGGACGAUGCAUGAAUCAUCCGUCCUUUGAUGAAAAGACUGCUGCAGUCGGAGACGAGGUUGAAAUGAAGUGUAAGCUUGACUCUACAGGAAGCUAUUUCUGGAUCCGCCUCGGUUCUGGAAACUUUCCUGAAUACUUAGGAAAAGCAAAUGGCUUGGAUGUGAAGAAUUCACGCAUUACAACUAUGGAACAACGAGAUAAGGGAGGAGAAUUUAUUCUGCGUAUGAGAAAAGCAGAGCUGAGGGAUACAGGAUUUUAUUAUUGUAUGAGAACAAAUCAACGAAACUUGACUUUUCUGACAGGAACAAACCUGACAGUUAAAGCAGCACAACCUGGAGACGCUGCAGUCCGUCCUCCUGAUCCGGUCGGUCCGGGAGACUCAGAGAAGAAGCAAACCUGUCCAGGAGAACACAGUGCGUGCUGCUUCAGAGCCGGAUCACAUCAGUCUCAUCCAAGAUGGAAUUUCACUCCAGAGAACAGUGUUAAAGGAAGUGAAAGGAACCCGGCUGGAGUCUCGAUAAAGAAAUGUAUUUGCAGUGUCACUCAGAACUUCAGCUGUUCUGGUGAGGGGACUUACUUCUUUGCUGUGGACACGUGUGAGGAGAAAACUUCUGGAAACAGAUCAGACUCGGCCAAACAAGCAGUGAAGGAGGACUCAAAGACAGACCACCUGUUCCUCCUCCUGUUAAGUGCUGCUUUGGCUAUAUGCCUCAUAAUUAUCGCCUUUCUUAUUUAUUCGAUAAGAAAGCUCAAGAAUGCAUCUUGUGGUUGUUGCAAUGCUGACGUCGCUCUGCAGGGACGAGCAGAAACAGCCAGUGGUGAUCAGCAGAAUCAGCAGGUGGAUGAGGACUCGUUGAUUUAUUCCGCACCAACCUUCACGAGCAGGAAAUCUGGCAGAGCACGAACAAGAGAUGUACAAACGAGGAGAAAGAGAGCAUCUAUGCCCACGCGACCGCCAUGA